CCAAUCCGGGCUUUGCUCGCUAGGGGUGUGUCCUCUCUGUGGGCGUGGCCAAUCGGCUCAUAAUGGAGGAGCUGGCACCGCCUCCCGGCUUCCCCCGAGCGGCGCGGCGGCAGGGCGGCACCAUGGCGUCCACCAGCCGUUUGGAUGUACUUCCGAGGGUGACUUGCCCAAAUCAUCCAGAUUCCAUUCUAGUGGAGGAUUACAGAGCUGGAGACAUGAUUUGUUCCGAGUGUGGGCUGGUAGUGGGUGACCGCGUCAUAGAUGUCGGGUCAGAGUGGAGAACCUUCAGCAAUGACAAGGCCACAAAAGAUCCGUCUCGAGUUGGGGAUACCCAGAAUCCCUUGCUAAGCGAUGGUGACUUGAGUACAAUGAUUGGCAAGGGCACGGGUGCAGCAAGUUUUGACGAGUUUGGGAAUUCCAAGUACCAGAAUCGCAGAACUAUGAGCAGCUCCGAUCGUGCAAUGCUGAACGCUUUUAAAGAAAUCACAAACAUGGCAGACAGAAUCAACCUACCCAGAAAUAUAGUUGAUCGAACAAAUAAUUUAUUCAAGCAAGUGUACGAGCAGAAGAGCCUGAAGGGAAGGAGUAAUGAUGCUAUUGCUUCUGCUUGUCUCUACAUAGCCUGUAGGCAAGAGGGUGUUCCAAGAACCUUUAAAGAAAUAUGUGCAGUGUCCAGGAUUUCCAAGAAGGAAAUUGGGCGGUGUUUUAAACUGAUUUUGAAAGCUCUGGAAACCAGUGUUGAUCUGAUUACGACUGGAGACUUCAUGUCAAGAUUCUGUUCCAAUCUGGGUCUUCCCAAACAAGUACAGAUGGCAGCGACACAUAUUGCCCGUAAAGCUGUGGAACUGGAUUUAGUUCCUGGCAGAAGCCCUAUCUCUGUCGCAGCUGCAGCCAUUUACAUGGCAUCACAAGCUUCUGCAGAGAAAAGGACACAAAAAGAAAUUGGUGACAUUGCUGGUGUGGCCGAUGUUACGAUCAGACAGUCGUACAGGCUGAUCUACCCUCGUGCUCCAGAUCUCUUCCCGGCAGACUUCAAGUUCGAUACCCCAGUGGACAAACUGCCCCAGCUGUGAGCUCGCAGAAGGUUCCCUUGGUUUUCAUUGCCCCUUUCCCCUACAACCUCUUGUUUUUUGCCUAUAAUAAAGGAUGUACAAAGUGUUAAUAUUGAGUCGUCAUGUUGUGGAACUGGAGGAUGCGGUGAUGGAGCAGAACUGCUGGAACGCAGCACACAUUCCAAGGGUAAACCAGCUCUUCGUGUGGCAUUUUGUAUGUAUAUAGAGGUGGAAAUAAAUAUUUAAUGACUAUUGCAACAAACUUAACUUCAUAUUGUUGUACUUUAGGUUUCUUUUGUAGGGAUCCAGCAAGAUGUAUUUUGGAAAACUGAAAAUACUCUGUAAUUCCCAAAUAA